AUGUCCGGGCGACACAACAACAAGCUCCCGAACAACCUGCCGCAGCUGCAGAACCUCAUCAAGCGAGACCCGCAGUCCUAUCUCGAUGAGUUCUUACAGCAGUACAGACAUUAUCAGUCCAAUGUGCAGAUCUUCAGACUACAGCCGGACAAACCCAACAAAGAGCUGUCGGAGCUGGUCAUGUUUCUGGCGCAGGUCGGCCACUGCUACCUCGAACACAUGUCCACUUUCCCCCAGGAUCUGUGUGAGCUGCUUCUGGCUCAUCACACCGUUUUGGAGCCAGAUCUGAGGAUGACGUUUUGCAAAGGACUAAUUCUCCUGAGGAACAAAAACCUGAUCAGCCCGUCCGGCCUCCUGGAGCUCUUCUUUGAGCUGUUGCGGUGUCACGACAAACUGCUGCGAAAGACUCUGUACACACACAUCGUCUCCGACAUCAAAAACAUCAACGCCAAACACAAGAACAACAAAGUCAACACCGUGUUGCAGAACUUCAUGUACACCAUGUUGAGAGACAGUAACCCCAUCGCGGCCAAGAUCUCCCUGGACGUCAUGGCCGAGCUGUACAGAAGAAACAUAUGGAAUGAUGCCAAAACGGUCAAUGUAAUCACAACCGCCUGCUUCUCAAAGGUCACAAAGAUUCUCGUUGCGGGGAUGAAGUUUUUCCUCGGCAAAGAUGAGGACGAGAAGAACGAAAGCGACGCAGACUCAGAGAACGAGGGACCGUCCGCCCGAGACCUCAUGGUGCGAUACUCCACUGGGAAGAAAAGCAGCAAAAACAAGAAGAAAUUAGAAAAAGCCAUGAAAGUCUUAAAGAAACACAAGAAAAAGUCAAAAGCCGAGGUCUUCAACUUUUCUGCAAUUCACCUGAUCCAUGAUCCACAAGAUUUUUCUGAAAAACUCUUGAAACAAUUGGAAAGUUCAAACGAGCAUUUUGAAGUGAAGAUGAUGAUGAUGGAGCUGAUCUCUCGACUGGUUGGAAUCCACGAGCUUUUUCUUUUCAAUUUCUACCCAUUCAUCCAGAGAUUCGUCCAGCCACAUCAGAGAGAAGUGACAAAAAUAUUGCUUUGCGCGGCUCAGGCCUCACAUCAACUGGUCCCUCCAGAGAUCAUUGAACCUAUGAUCAUGACCAUCGCCAACAACUUUGUGACCGACAGAAACUCAGGCGAGGCCAUGACCGUCGGAAUCAACGCCAUCAAAGAAAUCGUUGCCCGGUGUCCACUGGCGAUUAAUGAAGACAUUUUACAAGACCUGGCCCUGUACAAAAUGCACAAAGACAAGAAUGUGAUGAUGUCCGCCAGAGGCCUGAUCCAGCUCUUCAGAAACCUGAAUCCAAAAAUGCUGCUGAAGAAAGACCGGGGGAGACCCACAGAGGCAUCAGCAGAAGCUAAAAUCAAAGACUACGGGGAGCUGGAAGCCAAAGACUACAUCCCUGGAGCUGAAGUUCUCGAGUUGGAAGAGAAAAAGGAAGACGGAGGAGAGGACUCCGACGGCUGGGAGAGCGCCAGCAUCAGCGACGGAGACGGAGAGUGGGUGGACGUUCACCACUCGUCGGACGAAGACGCAGAGAUGACGGAGAAACUCAAAGCCAUCCCUGCAGAAGAGCGACAGGCCAUGGCAGCGGCCGUCAGCGGCAGCCGCCUCCUCACUCAGGACGACUUCAAGAAAAUCCGCCUGGUGCAGAUGGCCAAAGAGGUCAGCGGAGCGCCAGGGAAGGCUCAGAAGAGGAAGAUGGCCAACAUUGAAGAAGACGAGGAGGAGAGAGGGGAGAUCUUAACGCUAAGAAAUAUUGAAAAACUGCACAAGAAACCAAAAUCGGACAAAGAGACGAGACUCGCAACAGCCAUGGCUGGAAGGACGGAUAAAAAGGACUUUGUCAGAAAGAGGGCGAAGAUGAACCCACACGCCAGCACCAGCAACAAGGAGAAGAGACGGACCAAGAACUUCAUGAUGAUGCGACACAGUAGAGGCGUCCGGACCAAAGGAAAACGUUCUUUCAGAGAGAAACAGAUUGCGUUAAGAGAUGCACUCCUGAAGAAACGGAAGUUCAAGUAA